AUGGGGUAUGCAAUUGAAGAACAUGAAAAUUAUAUAUUUUGUUACAAAGGUGAAACACUCGGCCAAUAUGGAGUUGGAUUUUUAAUAAACAAAAAACACAAGAAUAACAUUGUCAGUUUUUCAGCGUUCUCAGAACGAGUCGCUCUAUUGAAAAUAAAAUGCAACAACCAACUGCUUUCAAUAAUACAAGUAUAUGCACCCACUGAAAAAGCUACAGAUGAGGAGAUCAACUCGUUCUACACAACUCUACAGAUAGCGCAUAGUCACACAGGAGAAAGCGUAUUCUUAAUCGGUGAUUUUAAUGCAAAAGUUGGCCAACUGAAAACUGAAGACAGUGAAAAUUUGUUAUGGGAAAAUUCGGUUACGGAAAUAGAAAUGAAAGAGGAGAAAAACUAA